UUUAAGUUUUGGUUCUACAGUUUAAAAAAUGUCAUCAGUGUUUCUUGGCCAGGUUGUUGGUACAAAGAUGCUAAAAACAGUCAAGGUUUGUGUAACAAGUCUCAAACUUCAUCCUGUGAUUUUACAGUACUGGAAUACAAAAAAAGUUUACUUAGCUCACGAUGAGCACAGCCUGUGCAAAGAGGGUGAUAUGGUGUUAAUUAAAGAAACUCGUAAACUAAGCAAAAAGAAAAGGUACACAAUUCUAGACAUUGUAGAGAGAAUGCCUCAGACUCAAAUGGAAUCUUCUACUCAAGUUGGUCAAAAGGUUUUACAACCAUAGUUUUCUUAAGAUAAAACUAAUGAAUAUCCAUCCUGAAGAUUUUUUGAUAUCCAUCAUGAAGAUUUUUUGAUAUCCAUCCUGAAGAUUUUUUUUACUGAACUGAAAAUAAUAAAUUAAAUAGUAUUUUAAUUUA